AUGGACGUCUCGUCCACACCACUGGCCGUGACCAUCCACCACCAUGGCAAGCCGCAUACCUUCGAAUUGCCCCCCGACGCAACCCUCCAAGAUCUCUCCUCCACCAUCGCAGACACCCUAAACAUUCCCUCAGAGAACCAGAAGCUCCUCAUCACCCCAAAACCCGGCAUGCAGAAACACCCCUUCCCGGCCACCCCGCUCUCCACCCUCCCGCUCACCCCGAAGACCAAAAUCACCCUCCUCGGCACCCCAGCCAAGGAAGUCGAAUCCCUCCACGCCCAAGCCGCCGAGGCCAAACGGCGCCUCGACGCCCGCGCCUCCGCCGCCGCAAAACACAAACCCGCCCGCCGCACCACACCAGGCAUCCACACCCUCUCCGGGUCCGGCUCCGCAAACACCUACACCUUCCACCGCCUCGAACCCCUCCCUCACCUCCCCAACCCGUCGCGCUCCCUCGCCUUCCUCGCCCGCCUCCGCGACGACCCAGGCAUCCGCGCCGCAAUGGCCAACCACCGCUUCUCCGUCCCCUUGCUCACGGAGAUGGACCCGGCCGAGCACACGACGCGCGAGUCGCGCACGCUGGGCCUGAACCGCAACAAGGGCGAGGUCAUCGAGCUGCGGCUGCGCACGGACGCCUACGACGGCUACCGCGACUACCGCACCAUCCGCCGCACGCUGUGCCACGAGCUGGCGCACUGUGUGUUCAGCGAGCAUGACCGGGAUUUCUGGGACUUGACGGCGCAGAUCGAGAAGGAGGUCGAGAGGGCGGAUUGGAAGCAUGGCGGGCGGAGGGUCGGCGAGGAGGAGUUUUAUAAUCCGGGCGAUUGGGAGAGUGAGAAGGAUAGGGAGGUUGUGGAUGAGCGCGGGUGGACGGGUGGGGAGUUUGUGCUGGGCGGGUUAAGUAGUAGUGGUGGUGGUGGUGGUGGCGGCGGUGGGCAGAGUCGGAGGGAGAUUAUGGCGCGCGCAGCGGAGGAGAGGCUACGUAGGGAGCGAGAGGGGCGGGAGGAGAGAUAG